CACCUUUUAUAAUUUCAUUUCAUUUUCUGUCAAGCACGCAGGUAUGUCAUCUACUUCUUCACUCUUGAUAUCCUAUUAUGUUCUUUGUUGAGAGUUCACAUGUGCAUUUACAUAUAUUCUACGUAAGUAUAGCAUGGACUAAACAUAUCUUGCGCUCAAAAGAAGGGGUCAUCAGCCAAACCAUUCUUGCUAAAGUUUGUCUGUGUUUAACAGCUAGUGGCUGAGUUCCUGAAUAUCAUCGGACGAAGUUUGUAAGUAUGGUUAAUUAUAUAGUUUUGGUCCUAUUGCUAGAGCAUCUUUUUAAUUUAUUUUUAAACUUUAUAUGGUACAUGAAAAACCAUACUUGGCGAAGUUUUGGUUUGAGAAGGUAAGUGGUGCUUUUUUGCCUGUCCGUGUGGGACACAUGAUAUGAAGGUGAGAGGCUUCCCUUCUGCUCGCACGGCUGAUUUUUCUUUCUUAUUAGAUUUAUGCUUUAUUAUUAUUAUAUUUUUUUACAAGAGUAAUAAUUAGAAAGUUAGUAUGAAUUAGUUGUUAGCAACUGAGUUUUAGAUUGGGUGAACAUUUCACCUACUCAAAUGAGACGCGCGGCCAUCAGACCGCUUUUUGGUGGACUUCACGAUGGUAAUAGAGCUCGAUGAUGGUG